AUGGAAGAAUAUAGGAGAUGCUUGGAGAGGCAAGAGAGAGAAAGAAAGGAGAGAAACCGUAGAGCCGAUGAAAUCAAUGAGUUGCAAAGGCAAGUCGAUGAACAAGUUCUCAUAGUAGUGGCAAUUGAAGAGGAAGAGAACCAAGGUCGCCGCCGUGGUUCACAAGUCGGCCGUCGCCGGAAUGUGGACAGACAUAGUGAUUUAUCCAGCAAUAAGCUCACCGGUUCCAUACCCGAGACCUUGUGGAAUUUGUCAUCCCUCAUACAAUUAGACCUUUCAAGCAAUCAACUGACAGGAGGCAUAUCAGGGCGCAUUGGACACUUGCGCAAUCUUACUAUUCUCUAUCUGGAUCACAACUUCCUCAGCGGACAGAUACCAUCAUCUUUGGGUGCACUGAGUUCUCUGCAACUAUUGUCUCUGUAUUAUAAUAACUUGUCAGGUCCAAUUCCCCGCCAAUUAGGAAACAUCACAGCCCUUCAAAGAUUAUUUUUGGAUCAGAAUCGACUCUCUGGUCGUCUUCCACCCUCAUUUAGUAAUUUGAGCAAUCUCCAAUACUUCUGGCCGGCAUCCAAUGAUCUCACUGGGGAGUUCCCGGAUUAUGGCAGUCUUAAUCAGUUGCGCUCAUUUUCAAUAUCUGGCAACUAUAUGUCUGGUCGCUUCCCAGCUGACUUCAUCAGAAAAUGGACCCAAAUCUAUUUUCUGUCAAUUGUGGGAAACAAUUUUGAAGGGAGUCUACCUGCGGAAAUUUUUAAUUUCUCCAGUCUUGAGUAUUUAAUGAUCAGUGACGUAGCAAACUCUGAUUUCCAAUUCCCACGAUCUGCGAACCUGAGCAAUAUAAACACUCUGAUAUUAAGGAACUGUUCCAUCACCGGUGAAAUCCCUGAAUACAUUGGUGAAAUGUCAAAUUUAACAUACUUGGAUUUGAGCUUUAACAAAUUAACCGGACGAAUCCCACAAUCCAUGAGUGGUUUAAAUUUAACUCACUUGUCCUUAGCAAAAAAUAAACUUAAUGAUACAAUCCCUGCUUGGGUUGGUGCAGUCAAGACUAGAUUGGAUCUGUCGUACAACAGCUUUUCAGAAGUUAGCUUCGGAGUGCAUAAGCGAGAUCAUCUGAACUUGUUUGCCUGCUGCAGCAGUUCAAGUUCAACCGAUCCAGAUCAACUGUUUGUGGAUCCAAAGAAACGCAUGCAUACGCAUUGUCCUGGACGAAAAUCUAAAUCUCGUUCCUUGUUCAUAAAUUGUGGUGGUGAGGGAUUAACUGUCGGUGACAAUUAUUAUGAAGCAGAUGAAUCAACUUCACUCUAUUAUAUUAGUCCAUCCAAAACCUGGGCUUAUAGCCUUUCUGGAGACUUCUUAUUCUCACAGUCCAAUUCGAGUAUUUUCAUACAGAACCAGCCAGGUGGAAUUCAUGUUCCUGAGGCAGACUUAUAUUCAAAUGCUCGGCUUGCCCCUGUCUUCCUAAGUUAUUAUGUUUGCUUACACGAAGGCAAAUAUAUUGUGACCCUUCACUUUGCUGAAAUAGUAUUCAGGGAGAAGGAAUCAUACAGUAUACUAAAGAGACGGGCAUUUGACGUUUAUAUCCAGGAUGAGAGAAGGCUAAUGAAUUUCGACAUCGCAAAGGAGGCAGAGGGUCCAGGUGAAACCAAAACCAUACAUUUCGAAGCUGAUGUUAAUGAUAGUGUACUGGAGAUUUCCUUCUACUGGGCUGGAAAGGGAUGUGCAGACGACCAGCUUACUUUGAAUGGACCUCUCAUUUCUGCUAUUUCCAUAACUCCAGUUCCCCAACACUCUGCAUUGUGGCGAAAAUUGAAGAAAGCAUUGAUUAUUACUCUACCUUCAAGUGUAGUUGUUCUAUUGCUUCUAUUAGCUUUCAUGUGGAAAAUGGGCUGGCUGGGGAAAAGAGAGUUGAUAGAAAUACGGAUAGGCCAAGAUAAACAUGUUACCCUUCAAGAAUUAAUAGGUGCAACUCGAAAGUUUAGCAGCAAAAUGGAGAUCGGUAGAGGGCAUUUUGGAAGGGUUUAUAAGGCUGAACUGGAAGGUGGUCAAACUACUGUAGCUGUUAAAAGACUUUCUACUCACUCAAAAGAAAAAGUUGAGGAAUUAUUAAAUGAAUUCUAUGCCUUAAAGUCAUUCAGGCAUGAGAACCUUGUUCAAUUGUUGGAUGCUUAUUUUGGAGAAGGGUUGCAUUUGCUCAUCUAUGAAUAUAUGCCAAACCUGUCCAUUGCAGACGCUUUUUUUGGCUCGAAGUCCAGAUUGAAGUUUAAUUGGGAAAAUAGAUUUAACAUUUGCCUGGGAAUAGCGAGGGGUUUAGAUCAUCUUCAUGAGCACCCUAGACUCAAGAUGGUUCAUAGGGAUAUCAAAGCUGAAAAUAUCCUCCUUGAUGGAGCUCUUAAUGCUAAGAUCUCAGACUUUGGAAUGGCAAGCCUGUAUACCGAGGAAGAACAACUUAGGAUCAUUAAAGUGGAAGCACCAAAUGGACAUAUGGCACCUGAGUAUGUAGUUCAAGGUUUUGUAACAAGCAAAGUUGAUGUUUACAGUUUUGGGGUGGUUAUACUCGAAAUUGUUAGUGGGAAGAAAAAUGCAGGAUACAAAUUUAACCAUGAGAGUGAGUAUCUCUUGGACAUGGCUUAUGUUGCAUAUAAAAAUGGAAGCCUCGUGGACUUGGUGGAUAAAAAUUUGUCUGGCAUUUAUGAUGCAAAACAAGCCAUCACCAUCUUAACCUUGGCCGUGCUGUGCACGAAUAUAUCUCCUACUCUAAGACCAAGAAUGGCAGACGUUGUGAGUAUUCUUGUUGGUGAGAAAACCUUUGAGCAGAUUAAUCCGCCUACUGUGGAUGAUCAUCAGCUUAAUGUAGCCAUGGCUCAUGGCGAAUGUACCAAAGCUGAUUCUUCUACUUCCACAGACGUGACCUCAAGGGCAUCAACUUCAACUAAAUUAAUCAAGGGGGUAGAUGAAACACAAAAUUCUUCUGCAGAGAGUCAGACCUCGCGUUAAACAUGCAUCCUAUUUGGAUUGUGUGAGAGAAGUUACUGUUGAAGUAUAAAUUGCUUCCAGGUUUAAAUUGUUAGUUAGCCAGUGAUGGAAGUUGAGGUUCCACCCCAAAACCAAUUGGCAAUGGGGGGAGUAGCCCAACUCCUUAUAAACCCAGGCUAGGUCCCUUAACAUUUUAAUGUGGGACAAACACUCUCAACAGCCAUGUGUCUGGCUCAUAUGCUAUCACAUUUUGUUGGACUUAUAGGUCUAGAUUCAUGCCAAGUGUACAGCUCACAGGCUGGUACAACUGUGUAUUGGCUGAGUCGUUUUUGUACUGGUUAAAGAAUAUAUAUUGAUA